GCUCCCCUUGUGGAAAAUAUGAAAUAUGAGCCCCACCCACUGCCUUUACAACACAGGUCCUGUGAACUUCAGGAAGAGAGUACAAGAAGAUUAAAACAAUGAGCUACCCUGGAUACCCGCCUCAGCCAGGCACAUACCCACCACAACCUGGGAUGUACCCUCCACAGCCGGGUACUUACCCACCCCAAGCAGGAGGCUAUCCACCUCAAUCUGGUGCCUAUCCUCCUCAACCCGGUGCUUAUCCUCCUCAACCCGGUGCCUAUCCUCCUCAACCCGGUGCCUAUCCUCCUCAACCCGGUGCCUAUCCUCCACAGUCUGGUGCCUAUCCUCCAGCACCACCUCCAGGCAGCUGGGGAGGUGGCCCUGUUGGUGGAUACCCCUCCUCUGGAUUUGACAACUUUUCCAAUCCCGGUUUCAAUGCUGGCAUGCCAGGGGGGGGCAUGCCCCAACAACAACAACAACAAUGGCCUGGGAUGGGCUACCCUGGUCAGCCUGGUCAGCCUGGUCAGCCAAUGCCUGGAUACCCCGGUGCACCAUCACCCAACCCACCGAUGCCUGGCUACGGAGGAGCACCAGCACCGACACCAGCAUACCCGCAGGUCCCAUCACCAAACCCAUCAAUGCCAGCCCAUGGAGGUGGAGCCAUGCCAGUAAACCCACCUAUCAAUAGAGGAUUCAGGGGAACGAUCAGGGACUUUCCUGGAGCCGACCCACUUAAAGAUGUGGAGGUCCUGAGAAAGGCCAUGAAGGGCUUUGGAACUGACGAGCAGGCCAUAAUUGAGUUACUGGGGAGCCGCUCCAACGCGCAGCGUGUACCUUUGCUCCGAGCCUACAAAACCUCUUACGGGAAGGAUCUGAUCAAAGACCUGCAUUCAGAACUGUCUGGGGACUUCAGGAAGCUGGUUAUGGCCACGUUGAAGAGUCCAGCUCAGUUUGACGCCUCUGAACUCCGCGAGUCCAUAAAGGGAGCUGGAACUGAUGAGGCCUGUCUGAUAGAGAUCCUGUCCUCUCGCUCCAAUGCUGAAAUCAAAGAGAUAAGUCGAAUUUACAAACAAGAAUACAAGAAAACUCUAGAGGAUGAUAUUCAAAAUGAUACCUCAGGCCACUUCCGCAGGCUCCUGAUCGCUCUGGCUCAGGGCAAUCGGGAUGAGCGAGAGGCUGUUGAUCUCUCCUUGGCUCAACAAGAUGCUCAGGCUCUGUAUGCUGCUGGGGAAAAGAAACUGGGAACUGAUGAGUCCAAAUUCAAUGCCAUUUUAUGUGCAAGGAGCAAAACUCAUCUCAGAACAGUGUUUUAUGAAUACCAGAGGAUGUGCGGCAGGGACAUUGAGAGCAGUAUAAGCAGAGAGAUGUCUGGAGACCUUGAGAGUGGCAUGUUGGCAGUCGUGAAGUGCAUUAAGAACACGCCUGCCUACUUUGCUGAGAGACUUCACAAGGCCAUGAAGGGCAUGGGAACUAAAGAUCGAACCUUGAUCCGGAUCAUGGUGUCCCGUUCAGAAGUAGACAUACUGGAUAUUCGUCAAGAGUAUCUUAGAAACUAUGGAAAGUCGCUGUAUACAGCCAUCUCUGGAGAUACAUCUGGAGAUUACAAGAAACUCCUACUAAAGUUCUGCGGUGGCAGUGACUGAAAAAGAAGCAUUAUCUACAGCAUUAGAGCUGGUUUUAUCUUCUUUUUUUUUUCGAGCUUUUUGUAUGCUUUACACGCAAGUUGCAAUCCUAUACACUUCAAUGGUUUUAAUGCAAAGUUUACACAGCAGCAUUUUUUUAUGUAUUGAUCACAGAGCUUUGUAUUUUCUGAUUUGGGGUAAGUUUACUGGAGAGUGGAAUGUAUACAGCUAUAAAGAAUUAUUUUUUUAUAAGAUUAAAACUCAAUUUCAGCUACAUAUGUUCAAUGAAAAAUUACUUUGUGCCAAUAAGACAUUAAGUGUAUUUCAUUUUUGUCAGGGUUUUUUCAUGUACUGAAAAGAAAAGGAAAAAAAGCACCAAAGUAAAAAAAUAAGACAAUCUUUGCAAUUGCAUGAUCUACUCUGUAGUUUGAAGCACUUGUAUAUUUUUGUUUGUCAUCAUUUUAUUGUUUAUGAUGUGCCUGCUAUUGUUUUCUGUUUAACUCUGCAAUACAUUAAAUAAAUUCUGGUCAUAUAUUCAUGGAGCA